UUUUUUUCCGCUCUUUUGGCCUGUGCUUUUUAACCUCUCACCCGUCUUUCACGACCUCGUUGAUGCGGUGCGCUUGAAGUCCCCACUCGAAAGUAUCAGAUACGUUCUGGGUUUUUUUAUUUUCAUAUUAUUCGAUAAUCUUUGGUAAAAUUUAAGGGAUGGGUAUCUGUUUUUCUUCUAAAUUGUUCGUUGGUUUUUGUUUUUUUUAAGUAUUGUUGGGUUUUGAUUGUGGUAUUGUUAAAAUGUGAGGAAUGUGAAGAAUGGGUUUUUCUUUGUUGUGAUUAAAAGGUCGGUUUUUAGAUCAUCUCAGACGAAGCCGAGAUGGGUUUUGAAUUGGGCUAUGCGAACUGUGAGGUUUUUGGAGGAAAUGUUUCAUUUUCCACGGAUUUGCUGAUUGCCAAGGGCUGGAUUUUGGGGAUUUAUUGGGUUUUUCUUGUUUUUUUAUGGAUUCAAUACUGGGAAAAGAAAAUGUACAAGUUUGUUAUGAACUUUGAGAGUGGAAGGUUUCAUGUGUUUCUGAAGCUGGUGUGUUUGGAGGUUUGAGAAAAAGAAAAACUGGGUAUUUAUUCUCUUGUUAUGUUUUAAGUGAGAUGGUAGUAAAAGAUUGAGGUUUUGAUUAUUAUUUGAAUUAGAAUAAUAAAGCUUAAGUUUGGACCGUGGUUGUUGAAAUAAUUUGAUUAAGGCAAAGAAUAAUUCUUAAUUUCAACCUGGCUUGUUAAAAUAAAGUUGGAAUAUAUAAAUGGCUUUUCUGUGGAGUAAACGGGGUGGUCUUUUUUUUUAAUUUAAACCAAAAUAAAUAAAUAAAUAAAAGUUUUUGACUGAGGUUGUUAGGGAUGAAAUUGUGUUGAUUGGGUUUGUCCGAUAGAGGUUUUAUUGGUAUUGAGAUUAGAUUUUGGGGAGGGGGGUAUGGACUGGCCCAAUAAUGUCGUAUUUUAUAUUGUGGCAUGAGCCAAUCUGGGCCUGAUUGAAGACAGUGUGACAGUGGUUUCUUCUUGGGGUUCAUACCAUCAUGCCCUACUCUCAAUUCCAUCAUAUGACAAAGGAGAAAUGGGAUUUUGCUCAGCCCAAGAUGACUAAUUGUUCCACAGAUCUUGCUUUUGUGCCUGAUCAUGAAUUUGUGGAGCUACUUUGGGAGAAUGGCCAGAUUGUGCUGCAGGGUCAGACCAGUAGAAAUAGGAAGGAUGCCUCUUCAUCUGGUUACUCUUCACAUCCUCCAAAAACCCAUCUAAAUCAUAAUAGUGGUGAUGCUGUCCUACCCGUGGCUUCAAAGGGUGGAAGGUAUGGAACUCUGGAAUCUGUUCUCCAUGAUUUCUCUUCUGGUCAGGCUUCUGGUUGCCCCUUAGUUCAAGAGAUGAAAUGUCUUUUGGGCAGGCCUGAUCAUGAAUUUGUGGAGCUACUUUGGGAGAAUGGCCAGAUUGUGCUGCAGGGUCAGACCAGUAGAAAUAGGAAGGAUGCCUCUUCAUCUGGUUACUCUUCACAUCCUCCAAAAACCCAUCUAAAUCAUAAUAGUGGUGAUGCUGUCCUACCCGUGGCUUCAAAGGGUGGAAGGUAUGGAACUCUGGAAUCUGUUCUCCAUGAUUUCUCUUCUGGUCAGGCUUCUGGUUGCCCCUUAGUUCAAGAAGAUGAAAUGGUGCCUUGGCUAAAUUACCCACUUGAUGAUUCCUUGGAGAGAGAUUAUUGCUCAGAAUUCUUCCCCGAAUUGUCAGGGGUCAAUCUCACUCCUCUUUCUAAGCCAACCAAUGUUGUUGUAUCAGAGAAAGCUUGCAAUUUGGACACUACAAGCCAUAAGAAUUUGUCUAUGGAGCAUAGCUCCCAGGCCCCCUCCAGAUUAAGGGCACUCCAGCCUUUUAACUCUCAACAAGGUCAACCUUCGAACCCGAUUCUUCGUCAAUUUCCCAGCAAUACCCAUAAAUCUUCCUGUGGGAAUUCUUCCUCCCCAGGUGCAAAUCCAGCAAUUGGGAUUGUUAAUUCGAAGACUGAGCAGCCAAACCAUGGAUCUACAAGGCCUCCUCAGCCCACCCAUACCAAUUUGAUGAACUUUUCCCAUUUCUCUAGGCCUGCAGCUCUGGUUAAAGCGAAUCUUCAAAGCAUGGGCAUGGCUGGAAGGCUCAAGAACAAUAAUGACAAGGCCUCUGUUACUGAUAGCAAUCCAGUGGAGUCUUCAAUAGUGGAUUCAGCUGUUGUUUCAAAGAGUGGCAAAACCAAAUUGGAUCAGCAAUGCCAGGCAUCUUUGCACCCUACAAAGGCAAAAGACAUUUCUUCAUCACCUGCUAGAGAGAAGCAAUCUGUUGAGGAAGAUGUUAUGUAUGUAGAGGAUGCUUCUACUUCUCAAAAUAGGUCUCCUGAUCGCACGCUUUGCCCUAGUUCGAGCUUUGCAGCAAGCACCGCAUUGGGAAUAUCUGAGAGUGUAAAAGCUGUCGAGCCAGUGGUUGCUUCUUCUUCUGUUUGUUCAGGAAACAGUGGUGGUAGGGUAUCGAAAGAGCCAAGACAUGGCUUAAAGAGGAAGGUGGGGGAACAGGAAGAAUCUGGGUAUCAAAGUGAAGAUGUUGAAGGUGAAUCAGUAGGCACGAGGAAACAGGCAACUGGGCGGAGUGCAACCACCAAGAGAAGCCGAGCUGCUGAAGUGCAUAACUUAUCCGAGCGAAGGCGACGAGAUAGGAUAAAUGAGAAAAUGCGUGCCUUACAAGAGCUCAUCCCCAACUGCAAUAAGGUGGAUAAAGCUUCAAUGCUCGAUGAGGCAAUAGAAUACUUGAAAACACUUCAGCUUCAGGUUCAAAUCAUGUCAAUGGCAAGUGGGAUGUGCAUGCCUCCGAUGAUGAUGACUGCUGGGAUGCAACACAUGCCGCCACCACACAUGACACACUUCUCACCAAUGGGAGUAGGAAUGGGCAUGGGUAUGGGCAUUGGAAUGGGCAUGGGGAUGGGUAUGCUCGACAUUGGUGGUUCUCCUGGUUGCCCAUUGAUUCCAUUACCCUCAAUUCGUGGACCCCAAAUUCCAUGCUCUUCAAUUUCAGGGCCUAUGGGCUUACCUGGGAUGCCUGGUUCAAAUCUGCAAAUGUAUGGAAUGCCUAUGGCUAGAGCUCCCUUCCUUCCUUUUUCUGGGUUUCCUCAAGCAAAGGCAGUUGCAGGACCUGAUAUAUCAGCCCCGACAAGUUCGGGGGCAUUUUCUGAACUAAAUCCCCCGUCUAGUUCAAAAGACCAGAUGCAAAAUCUGAUCUCCCCUAAUGUGCAGCAAAAGGUCACUGAUAGCCAGCAGCUGGAGGCCUCAAAUCAGGUGAUAAGUGAACACUCUGCACAACCUAACUUGGUGCCGGGACAUAAUCAAUCAUCCCAAGUUAUUGGCUCCAAUAGAAAUGGUGUCGCCCCUAAUGGAACUACAAGCUAUGAUUGAUUUUCUUGAGUCCUUUUUUGUACAUAUGAUGGCUGGAAAACUCCAGUGGUGAGAAGCGUUAUAUGCCACACCCAUUUAAAUUAUUUGUUCACACUUGGUGAGCUGUGAUCUACUUUCGAGGACAAAGGUUCUUAUUGACAGGAUCAGGCAAACUUUUGAACAAGCAGGUACUUAGUUCUAACCUUAGGAUAAAAUUUUGGGUCCUGCUUCUUUAGGUAGCAGAAGUGGAUGUUGGGUUUUGGAGAGAAGAAUUUGCAUUAUUCUCCUUGUACAUUUUUGUCAGUGGGUUCUUCAUUUGUGGAAUAUCCAGGCUCUUCAAUACCUAAACAAAUAUGUAAUAAUGAAAAAAAGGUUUGGUUUUAACCUUUUUUUUUUUUUUGUAAUCAUGUCUGUUGACAUAGAGUAAUGUUAAAUUGGCCCGUAUUCUUCUAUGCGUC